ACACCCAAGAUGAAAGACAAACUAGUGUAAGGCCACACAUAACCCUCGAGCACACACAAAAUAGGGGAAGAGUAUAGUCUGCGUGUGUCUUCCGAGAGAGAAAAUCUAGAGAGAAGGGAACAGGGCAGAGAAGCCAUGGAAGCUUCUUUCACUUCCUUCAUCGUCAUCAUCAAUGUCUGAAUUUUCAAAACCCUAAUUUUCUCCCUUUCAUCCUCCUCCUCCUCCUUCUCCUCCUCCUCCUCCUCGUAAAGUCUCAAAUUGUAUCAUUUUUCCUUUUUUUGUUGUAAAAUAAUUAGAUUAAGCCAAUUAGAAUCCUCCCUGUCAGCCCUAAUUCUGUAAUGGCGGCGGUAUCUGCUGUGAAUACGGCGGAAUCACCAACGAAUGAUGAUUCGCCUGGUAGUCCAAUUAAGAAUCGCGGUAUUCUUUCGUCACCGUGGGCGCAGGUGGUGAAACGCGCCGGAGAUUCGCCGGAAAAUUCGGAAUCGUAUUUAUUGGAGAAUAUUUCGGCGAAUGAUAGUAAUGUAGGUAAAAAAACUGCUUGGAAUGUAAUAUCAUCUCCUCCUCCUGCUCCUAUUUCUCCUUCUGUUUCUUCGGCUGGUGGUGAUCAUGCUAGUGGUGGUAUUGUUAUGGGGGCUGCUUCUUGGCCUGCACUUUCUGAGGCUACUAAGCUUCCUCUCAAAUCAUCUUCUUCUGAUUCUCCCAAAUCGUCGACUCCUGAUGUUUCCCUUGCUCCCUCUAAGGGACCUAUAACAUCAAAUUUACAUCAACCCAAGCUAGUUAUUGGUAACACACAUCAGCAUUCUAGCAUGAAUAAUGCUGGACCUACUAGGCAAAGGUCAAUGAAGCGUGGUGGUGGUGGUGGUGGUGGUGGAGGAGGCGGAAACAGACAUGGUGGAUUUGUUCGAGGUCCUCCACCUCCUCCACCUUUGCCAGCAUUUUCGGUUCCUGAGGUGGCCCGGAGUAAUUUUGGCAGGGUAGUUCCAAUAGUAUCUGACUCAUCCCUAGGAGAGACUAGGCCAAUUGGAGCAUUUACUCCGCACCCAAAUCCUUCAAAUGAGCGCCCUACUUAUAGAAGUUAUAAUCGACGAGGAAAUUCAGGGCAGCGUGGUCGUGGAGAUGGGAGGAAUAAUCACCAUGGAGGUCGCCGUGAUCAAGAUUUUGGACAUCAUAAUUGGAGCUCUUCUUCUAGUCCACAUGGAAGGGGUCCACAAGGGCAUGCUCAUAGACCUCAUGGCACUGUAUUCAUGGGUCCUCCAGUACAAGGGGCUCCACCAUUUACCCCACUGGUGAGACCUUACGGAAAUGCAUUGGUUUAUACUGAUCCUUCUUUAGCAUAUUAUCUCCCUCCUCUUUUGCCGGAUUCCUUUAGGGGAAUGCCCUAUAUCACUGGUCCUCCACCUCCACCAUUUCUUGUUAUGUCAGGUGACUUGUGUACAUCAAUAAUCAAGCAAAUUGAGUACUAUUUCAGUGAUGCUAAUCUGGUGAAAGAUGAGUUUUUAAGGUCUAAGAUGGAUGAACAGGGUUGGGUUCCUAUUGCUUUAAUCGCUAACUUUCCCAAAGUACGAAAUCUCACUGAUGAUGUUCCUUAUAUAUUGGACUGCUUAAGAGAUUCUACUCUUGUUGAAGUACAGGGUGAUAAAGUGAGGAGAUUUGAUGAAUGGAUGAAAUGGGUAGUACCUCAGCAAACACCAGAUACUGGCUCACAAUCUUCAGUCGGUUAUGAUAAUCUGACUACUACGUUUCAGAGAGUUUCAUUAGAAGAAAACCAAGACAUUAGUUCAAGUGCAUCGAGGGAACAGGAGUUGGCUAACAAUUUGCGGGUAACUAAUGUAGAAAGCUCAGUUCAACCCGUCUGUUGAAAUCGCUAUUUUCAACCAUUCUAAUCUAUGCUGUAUGUGAUCGACAAAUAGAGUUUAAAUCCCUUUUUGUUAUGGAGGGUGAAUUGUGGCAAUGGGUUUGGAAAAUUUUGUGCUUGAUUUAACUUUGAGUUUUGAGGUUUCACCAAUAGUCUAAAGCGGGGGUAAAGCGACUUAGGUUUCGAUAACUUUUUUGCUUGUGGAUUAGUUUACUCUAACGACUUUACUGAGCUAUUGUCCAUCAUGAUUUAUGAUUGUAUAGUUUUUUUACUAA